AUGGCUUUGACUCUUGGUUUGCUUGAAACUUUCUUGGCGGGGAAAAAUCGGAUUUCAUCUGAGACUAUUUAUUUCUACGUAUGUAUUUCCGAUUAUGAAUUCUGCUCCUCAUUAAAUGAAUUACGACCAUUUAGUAAUAUUCUUAAACUUGAUUCUAGCUAUGGUUCUCGUCUACAAAAAAUUCGCUCGUCGGAAAUUCUGGAUCAGAAAUUUGGUUUCCAGCGUUACACUGACAUAGAAUGGAAGAAUGCUUGGUUGUUGAAUGUUCAGUCGGCGGAAAUGAUAGAUGAGCAAACGAAAAAUAUCAUUGCAGUGUGCGACUUUUAUUUCCUUGAAGAAGAUGGAGGACGUUUUAAGAUAUCAUAUCCAUUUCGUCCAUAUCUCUAUAUUGCAACUCUUCCUUCAUUUGAACAUCAGGUCCUGUCAUAUUUAUCGAAAAAAUACACGAGUGUAAUUACUACCGAUAUUGUGGAAAAGGAAGAUCUUGAUCUAAAAAAUCACCUCGCAGGAUUGAAACGAACAUAUUUGAAGAUUUCAUUUCCAAGUUUAAGCGAACUUCUGAAGUUCAAGAAAGAUAUCAUGCCAAUACUAAGAAGGAAUCAGGAAAGAGAGAAACAAACAACUUCGUAUACUAAUCUUCUUACAAGACAUUUUGGACCACGGGAAGUGCUGUUCGAUGAAGGUGGUGUUUUAGAAAAAAUUAUUGACUUGAGGGAACAUGAUUUGCCUUACCAAAUGAGAGUGUGCAUUGACAUGGAAGUAUUCGUAGGUCUUUGGUAUCGUGUAACAGGACGAGAUUUUGAUCGAAGGCCAAAAAUAACUCGUCAUCCAACACUGAUCGAUCCACCAGAACCAAUUAUUUUAGCUUAUGAUAUUGAAGUUACAAAACUACCUUUGAAAUUUCCGGACAGCACUUUUGAUGAAAUCAUGAUGAUUUCGUAUAUGGUCAAUGGAAAUGGUUUCUUAAUUAUUAAUAGGCAGAUUAUUUCCACAGAUGUUGAUGAUUUUGAGUAUACUCCAAAACCGGAGUAUAAGGGAAUAUUCCGGGUUAUCAAUUUGCCUGACGAAAAAGCCGUUAUCAAAUAUUUUUUUGACCAUAUCAUUCGACUUCGUCCGUCUGUAUUCGUCACUUAUAACGGCGAUUCAUUCGAUUGGCCUUUCGUGGAAGCUCGUGCUGCUGUGCAUGGUUUGAAUAUGCUAACGGAAAUUGGUGUUUCUAAAAAUUCUUCUGGAGAGUACAGAACUACAAAUGCAGUCCACCUUGAUGCAUUCAGAUGGGUGAAACGUGAUAGUUACCUGCCAGUGGGAAGUCAAAAUCUAAAAUCUUGUACUAAAGCUAAACUUCGAUAUGAUCCAGUUGAGCUUGAUCCUGAAGAGAUGUGUGCAAUGGCCAAAGAUGAACCUCAAACACUGGCAAACUAUUCAGUAUCUGAUGCAGUUGCAACAUAUUAUUUAUACAUUAAAUAUGUCCAUCCGUUCAUCUUUGCGCUGUGUACAAUUAUACCUUUGGGUCCCGAUGAUGUACUUCGCAAAGGUUCCGGCACAUUAUGUGAAGCACUUCUGAUGGUUAAAGCAUUCCAUAACAAUAUCAUUUUCCCGAAUAAAUCCUUGCCCUAUGGCGCAAAAUAUGCCAGUGAUGGACAUGUGAUUGAAAGUGAAACAUAUGUUGGAGGCUAUGUUGAAGCUUUGGAAUCUGGUGUUUUCCGUGCCGAUAUUCCAGAAAAAUUUCGAAUCGUCCCGGCCGCAAUCCUAGAUUUAAAACGAAAUGUUAGAAAAACACUAAGUGAUUCACUAACUCAUGAAUUUGGUGUUAACAUGGAUGAAGUACUUCGCAAAGGUUCCGGCACAUUAUGUGAAGCACUUCUGAUGGUUAAAGCAUUCCAUAACAAUAUCAUUUUCCCGAAUAAAUCCUUGCCCUAUGGCGCAAAAUAUGCCAGUGAUGGACAUGUGAUUGAAAGUGAAACAUAUGUUGGAGGCUAUGUUGAAGCUUUGGAAUCUGGUGUUUUCCGUGCCGAUAUUCCAGAAAAAUUUCGAAUCGUCCCGGCCGCAAUCCUAGAUUUAAAACGAAAUGUUAGAAAAACACUAAGUGAUUCACUAACUCAUGAAUUUGGUGUUAACAUGGAUGAAGUUGUUAAUUUCGACAGUGUUGUAAGUAAGAUUGAAACACAGCUUGAUGACUUCAUUAAAAGACCUCUGCGCCUCGAAACUCCUAAGAUUUACCAUUUGGAUGUGGGUGCAAUGUAUCCUAAUAUUAUACUAACCAAUCGUCUUCAGCCAUCAGCAGUUGUUACAAAUGAAGAUUGCAUUGCUUGUGUGUACAAUUCACCGGAUGCGAAGUGUCGGAGAACGAUGCGAUGGGAGUGGCGCGGUGAAAUCAUGCCUGCUUCAAGAGGGGAAUAUGAGCGCAUUCUGCAGCAACUGGAAAAUGAAACAUUUGGUAAACCACCAAGAGCAUUUCAUAGCUUAGAUCAUGAUCAAAGGAUUCAAAUUGAAAUAAAGCGAGUAAAAGAUUUUUGCAAGCGCGCAUACGGUAAAACUCACAUUACAAAGAAUGAAUAUCGAUAUACGACAAUUUGUCAACGAGAAAAUGCAUUUUAUGUGGAUACCGUUAAAGCUUUCCGCGAUAGGCGAUAUGAAUACAAAGCAAUGCUUAAAAAAGCUAAAGCUGUUCUAGAUGAAGUAUCGGAUGAUGAUAUUCAUGCUUUGAAAACAGCCCAGGGACGUGUUGUCCUCUACGAAAGUUUGCAGCUUGCACAUAAAUGCAUCUUAAACUCAUUUUAUGGAUAUGUCAUGCGGAAAGGAGCACGAUGGUUUUCAAUGGAAAUGGCUGGUAUAGUUUGUCAUACUGGUGCAAAUAUUAUCACUGAAGCACGAAAGCUUGUGGAACGUAUUGGUAAACCUUUGGAACUUGAUACGGAUGGAAUAUGGUGCCUGAUUCCAGGGACUUUUCCGGAGAAUAUUACUUUCACUCUAAACAAUUCUAAGCGUAAAACGGUAACUAUUUCAUAUCCGGGUGCAAUUCUCAAUGCGCUCAUCCAUGAUAAAUUUACAAAUAACCAAUUUCACCAACUUGAAUUGGAUGGAACGUAUUCUAUAACUUCCGAAAAUUCCAUAUUUUUCGAAGUUGAUGGACCAUACUUGGCGAUGAUUCUUCCAGCUUCUAGAGAGGAGGGUAAAAGGCUAAAGAAAAGAUAUGCAGUUUUCAAUUUCGAUGGUUCACUUGCUGAGCUAAAAGGAUUUGAAGUAAAACGACGUGGCGAAUUAGCACUGAUCAAGUACUUCCAGAGUUCAGUUUUCAAAGCAUUCCUAAAAGGCAAAAAUCAUCCAGAAGCAUAUGAGCAUGCUGCAAAGGAAGCCAAUUACUGGCUGGAUGUACUGUUCUCGAAAGGUGCUACCAUACCAGAUUACGAAUUAUUUGAUUUAAUUGCCGAAAAUCGGAGUAUGUCAAAAAAGCUUGAUGAUUAUGGUGAACAAAAAUCAACGUCUAUUUCAACCGCGAAACGCCUUGCAGAAUUUCUUGGUGAUGAUAUGGUUAAAGAUGUUGGACUUGCUUGCCGUUUUAUUAUUUCGAAGAUGCCACUUGAUGCACCUGUCGCACAAAGAGCUAUUCCCUUGGCUAUAUUCCAAGCAGCACCAAAUGUCUCUGCUCAUUAUCUUCGAAAAUGGACUAAAGAUACAACAAUUACUAAAGAUAAUAUCAAUAUCCGAAAUAUUAUCGACUGGGAAUAUUAUAUUGAGCGCUUUGGAGCUACCAUUCAGAAAAUUAUCUCAAUCCCGGCUGCUCUACAGAAUGUACCUAAUCCAGUCCCACGCGUUCCGUUUCCGGACUGGUUGGAGAACAAGCGACAACAGCGAAAAAAUGAUCACAAACAGCCGAAAAUCAAUGAAAUUUUCAAAAAGGCCACUACCUUGGCUUUUACACCUGAUAUUGAGAAUAUUAACAGUUCAAGAGCUGCGAGUAAUAGCUCGUUGAAUAAUGUUACUCUUCUCAGUAACUCCCCAAAUUCAGAGAAGGACUCUUCCACAACAACGACGUGUGUCUUUUUGAAUGUUGCUGCGAAGCAAUCACAGAGUUCAUCAUUAACCAAAAUAACCGAUCGAUGGGAGCGAUUUCUCCGAAUCUUGAUGAUGAAAACAGUAAAGGAUGUAAUUGGAUUUCAGUCGUCAAACUUUGUAACUAAGAGAACAUAUUUGAAAGCGAAGUGGCAAAAAGAAAGGGCAGAAAAAAACCGCAGAAAACAAAAUGCUUUGUCUAAAGGAAUUACACCAAUUAUGUCAAUGCUUGAACGUGGUAAACAGAUGAUGCGAGAUACUGCGUGGCAAAUUGUUAAGAUAUCAGAAACUCCAAGCAAAGGUAUGUUAGCAUUAUGGUGUAUAAUUCUUGAUAAAAUGAUGAAAAUCAAUUUACGAAUGCCGCGGAUCAUUUAUGUGAAUAAUCGUGAAGAAAAUGGGAAUUCCGGCAUACUAGUGAAACGCAUUCUUCCACGCUUAAAGCCAGUUUUUAAUUUACGGCAAUAUGUUAUCGAUGAAAGGAUAUUUGAAUCGAGUUUAAAUCAGUUGAACAAAGAAUUGUGUGCGAUGAGAAUUGAAGGUGUUUAUGAGUCACAGGUACCACUUCUCUUCCGUGCCUUGCUUACCUUUGGCUGUAGCUGUCGAUUAAAACCGAAUUUGCAAACAAAUUCGACUGCCACAUAUGAUUUCGAACAGCUUGAACCGGAUUUCUCGGUGCAAUAUCUUCCGGAAAACAGUGUUCGCACUUUGUUCUUUUAUGAACAUCAACAGGACAAUCGAUGUGUUAUAGCAGUGUUCAAUACAGCCACGAGCGAAGCGCACAUCGUUGUGGUGAACAAAACUGAAUUAAAUUUACCGAAUUUAUCAAAUAUGUAUGCCAGUGAAAAAGCAAAUUUGUCGGCUGAUGUUAUUGUUUCUUUUUUGAGCCGCAAGGCUGAUAUGAAUUUUACUGUAAGUCAGUGCUCUGCUGUCCAAAGGGCUGACCGAAUAAUUCAGCGAUAUAUUCGAAGUUUACUUCAUGUUGAUAGUUACCCGACAGUGAUUGCUGUGCAAUCGAGGCAGCAGUUGUCAGCAUUAGUCAAGCGAUUACCAGCGCUCGAUAGCUAUCCUCUUGUGCGAAUUCAUGCUUCCGAGCCAUCCGGUCUUUUCAACGUUUUGGAUUGGCAACGUAUUGUCCUGAGAAGAAUCAUCAAGCAUUAUUUCAAUAUGUUUUUAUAUUUGCAUCAAUAUGUAGAAGUGAGCCGUUAUUUGCAUAUUCCAAUCGGUAAUAUACCGGAAGAUUUCUCAACAUUUGGUCCAGAUGUAUUGUUUGCACGAAGUUUGAUUAAUCAAGGAUACGUUUUGUGGGCAUCACCACUUAGCCGACCGGAUCUUGGCGGUAAAGAACUGGAUGAUACUCGUCUAAAUGCUGUUUGGUCAUCACUUUCCAUUAAUAAGCAAUCAGUUUGUGUGGUCAACGAAUCCAGCUUCGAAACCGAUGUAUGUAUUGAGCUAGAAUUGGGCGCAGUUGAUGUUACAGCAAUUGUGCAAUCAGCAAGUAUCGCUGAUGCGGAAGGUGGUGCAGAUUCAGUCGGGUUUUUGACUGGAUCUGUUUUGUCGGCAGAUGCGCUCCUUGGAUAUGUCCGAAGUAUUGCCCAGUAUGAUGAAGGAGCAGCUGUAGCAGGUCCAUUAAAAGUCCUCCGGCUGCUAUUGCAUGACUGCAUUAAGGAUAUUCACUUGUAUGGUAGUAAAAUUGCGGAUCAAGUAAUUAUUAGCCUUGAUCGCUGGUUACGCACACAGCAUUCAUUGAUGUAUGAUCCUGCAAUUGUUCGCGUAGUCGAUAUACUAAUCACUAAGCUAAUCCUCUUGCUGGUUGCUGAACUAAAUCGUUUGGGUGGACGUGUUAUUUAUGCAUCUAGUUCACAACUUAUUAUGUGCACGCAACGUUCGACUCUUGAACAUGCGCAGUCGUUUGUGAAUAGUUUGCUCCUAUCACUUGAAAACCACGCAAUUUUUGCAUCACUAAAUGUUAAAGCAGUUAAAUUUUGGGAUAUUCUGUUAUGGGUUGAUGCGAAUGAUUAUAUCGGAAUUCUUUUGGGUGAUGAAGAAGAAAGCAACGAAGUCACUAUCAAACUUGGUACCUCUAAUUUUAUUAAAGGAGAAAAUUAUCGGAAUUUGCUCAAACAGACAUUGAUCGGAUACCUUGUUUUAGUAGCUCGGAAUGUAAGAUCAACUAAUGAUGUGAAGGAACAGCAACAGUAUCGCUUAAAUCUUGUAAGGAAUGAAGUUACGGAACAAAUGUUUGAUUUUCUUAACAAUUUAUCAUCAAGUGUUGAUAUCCGGGAGAACACUGAUUUGCGGGAUUCAAUUAUUUUAAUAGUGAAAGGAAUAUCGCAUUUCAUUGGACUAGACUGUACUGUCUACGAAUCGGUUGCAAAGCUGCGCUAUCAACUUCUGCGUAUGUUGGAUGUGGAUGAUUCAUCACAUGACGAUACAUGGCAAUCGUUAAACGUUUCCUGCACUUUGACUCAACUGUUUUGUUCUGUAUGCUGCCAAUCAAAUGAUUUGGAUGUAUGUCAAUCAGAAGCAUGGAUUUGUCCAAGCUGUGGAAAACAGUUCCAUUCGUCUACCAUUGAACAGCUCCUAAUAGAACGAGUGAAUCAGCUUCUGAUAGCUUAUACAAUACAAGAUUUCAAGUGUACGCGUUGCGAAGCGGUUCGAAGACAUAAUCUGUCUUUAUUUUGUGAUUGUUGUGGUGUUGAAGAAAACGUUAUAUCACCUGCCGAACUUCGUUUCAACCUGGAGACGGUCGGGAAAAUUGCUCAGCAACAUAACCUUACACGUUUAGCUGAAUUGUGUGGAUGGACUCUGUUUUGA